AUACCUGGUUCAAAUAAGUUUGAGCAGUAGAGGAAUGACUACCUGGAAGUCCUUACUCAGGGCAAAAUUUAACCCUCAACACUUUCGUUGACCUUCAUAGUAUCUUUUACAGCCUCUUGUUUUUAAUCUUAAACGUCAUUGAAUCCAUUUUCUCGAAUUCUUAUACAUUUCAUUUUUAUUUUGGACCAAAGACUGAAAAAAGAUUUGCUCCAAUAUAUUUAUCAGUCACUGAAUUGAGUCUGUAGGUCUGUAGGUGUCAGGUAUUUUCAGCAGCAGCGCCCCCUGUGGUGAAGCCUCCCAGCCUGUGUUUGGUGUUGCCAGGAGACUUCUUAAAACAGAAACAAGUCUCUUCAGGACACUCACCUCCCUGCAAAACUUUUAAGUAUGGAAGUUAUGGAAAACUCCAAUGAGGUGGAUCAGUCCAAUGAGAGGGAGAGGCUGAAGAUGAAGAUUGCUGUUUUGGAGGAAAGUGUGAAGUCCUGUGAAGUGGAGUGUAAGUCCAGCAGAGAGACGGUGCUGAGGCUGGUGGCAGAGCUGGACCGGGAGAGGAGGAGGACUGCCAGCAGUGCGGCCGCCCUUGAUUCCCUUAAACUGGAGUUGGAUGGCCUGGCAGAGGGGAGGAGGAGUGUGGAGAUGGAGAAAGGCACCCUUAUGGAGAGGGUGGAUGCCAGCAAAAGGGUCAUAGAGGCAGCUAGGAGAGAGUCCCAUUGUUUGGAGAAACAGGUGGAGGAGCUUGAGAGAACGCUACAGUCAAGCCAAGGAGAGACUCAGAGAGCUGAGGAGAAACUACAGAUGUUUCUGAAAAAGGUGGCAGGCCUGCUGCAGAGGAAGUCAGAGGGAGUCAUCCUGCCCACAGAGGAAGAUAUUUUACAAAGAUUGGACCAUCUCUGCAAUAAGUCCUUUUCAGAGAUGGAGGCCCGGCUGUGUUGUUUCUCAGAGGAGCUCAGUGAGCAGACGGAGCUCCAGCAGAGUGCACUACAGAGAGCUCAGCUUGCAGAGCAGCAAGUCCAGGACCUGAGGGAGAGACUGCAAGCUCUGGAGACAGAGCUGCUGACUGCAGACAUGCAUCGUGACGGGCUGAGACACAGCAAACUGCAUUAUGAGGAGUUUUCGGAUCAGCUGUCAGAGAUGAUGAAGGUUGACACUAUCGCAGUAGAUCUUGGAUUUGACAUGAGGCUUAAACUCAUCCUGUCACGUGCAGAGCAGCUUGUUAAACAAGAGACAACUGCUUUGGUGGAGGGCAAGAGUCUGACCUACAGUCUACAGAGGAAGUUAAAGUCCAAUAAAGACCAACUAGAGAGCAAAGGCCUGCACAUCCAGUUCCUGAGGAAGAAGUUGUCAGAGCUGGAGGAGGAGAAGAGGAGCAGAUCAGCUCUGGCUGUGCAACGAGACGAUGCUCAUCUUGAAGCCAGGAGGCUGCAGAAAAAACUGGAGCGUCUACAAAGUGAGCUGAAGGCCAGCAAGCAGUCCAACACUGAGCUCAAAGCCCAGCUGUCCCACACCAAUGAGCUCAAGCUGAAAGUGCUGGAGCAGAGUCAGACCAUGCAGGAGCAGAGGAAGAGGGUCGAUCAGCUGGUGGAGGGGAAGGCCAAGGUGGAGAAGAGGAUGAACACAGUAACCUCAGACCUUCAGAGCCAAGAGAGGAAGAUCAGAGAGGACCAGCAACAACUGGACACCCUGAGACAGAGCCUGGCUCAGCUGUCUGAGAGGGAGAGAGAGCUGGUGGAUUUCCGAAUGGUCGUUUCCAAAAUAUUGGGUGUGGACGACACAGACUUCGCUCUUCCAAAUUAUGAAAUCAUCAAACUACUGGAGACCCUUCUUCACCCUCAUCAUCACCAUCACCACCUUCAUCACCAUCAUGUCAACAUGCCCUGGCUCUGUCCCUCUCACCAGGGGCCUCACCUCCCCCAAAUCCAGGACCUCCAGGACAGCUCCUCCUUUGAUCUCUCUGCCUCCAGGUCGGCUUUUCCAGAUGCUGCAGUUCCCCUUCAGGAAGCUUAGAUCUGACCCACGCCAAACUGCACUCAGAAAGUAAAGGUUAUGUUUCAGAUAAUGAAGUAUGAAAUAAUCUCAAACACAUAAUUUAAAGUUCAGAACAAAUGUAAGAAAUAUGAAAUCACAUGAAUAUGAAAUAAAAAGACAAAUAUCA